AUGUUGACGUUCAGCCAUAUGAAUGCAGACGCAUUCGAGAACCCUAAGAAAAACAAUGGUCGAAAAAGACCCCGGUUUCGGGAGCCCGUCGCAUGUAACCAUUGUCGAAAAUCCAAAGUGCGCUGCGAUCGCAAGUCACCAUGCAAACCGUGCCAAGAUCGUGGAAUGGGCACACAGUGCGCUUACUCCCGCUCCAAAAGCCACACAGUCUCGGAAUCUGCCACACCACUAGCAUCCCCUCGAAGCACAGAGAUCCACGUACUCUCGUUGCAACAGCCGUCACCCCGCUCCUCCGAUAACGAGAUCCACGAUCCACGAUCGGUCCUGCCCCACAACCAGUCCACCGUCAGUCAUGCCAAUAGUGCCUUUAAGGGGUCGGACUUCAAAACAAGGCUGAUUGGCGGCACCCAUUGGAUUGCCGUGUGCAACGAUUUGCCCGUCAUAGGGGCGAUGCUGGAGAAGACCGUUGAUUUUCAACCGACGUGGAUAAUUUUCGCGAAAGUCAAGUCUCUUCUUCGCGUCGCAAAUUCGGUACCAGCCGGAGAGAAUGGAGACAGUAAGAAGCUACUGAAUCUUCUUCCCGAUCGAUUGACCUGCGAAAAGUGGAUCAGGCGAUUUUGUGAAACAUAUGGUAGAAUCUACCAUGUGAUCGACCAGAACUGCCUGAUCACCGAGCUGGAGGAAAUAUUGGUCGCAUCCGUCGACACCAAUGAAGUGCACGUUCUCAAGAUUCUGUUGGUCAUUGCGAUUGCCAUGCAGACCGACAAGUCAGAGCGACUACGCGGGCGUCUAAUACUGCAAGAAUCGGAGAGCCGCAUUCAUGCAUCGACACAGUUCCAAAAGCCUUGUAUAGGUGUCGUGCAGGCUUUAUUGUUGUUGAUCAUCAUGAAGACUAUCACGGCCUCUGACACUGAUAAUAUUUAUAGCCUCAUGGGUAUCAUGGGGCUGACCACGCAAAUGGCUCUGAGCAUGGGAUUGCAUAGGGAUCCGGCUUUGUUCCCCGGUGUCACUCCAUACUAUGCAGAAGUUCGGAAACGAUUAUGGGCGUGCUUCUUUCGAUUGAACCUCGACUAUUGCAUCCGGAGUGGAUCCCACUUUGGUAUUCGAUUGGAAGAUGUGGACUGUCCUCUCCCGAGCCCUAUCGACCUUCUGACCCUUGAGCCGAGAACCAUAACGGAGUCAGCUACCUUAUUGGACCAGGCCCAGGAAGCAACGGAUCAGGCUUUCAAUAUCGCUGCAAUGAAGCUUGCUAUAGUGAGAGCUCCAUUACAUCAGCGACUUUGCUCUACAGCUCCUCAAUUAUCAAGCGAGGUACGCGAUCGAAUGCGCGCCUCCUUGCACAAGAUCCUGCGAAAGUUGCCUCCGAAUCUGCAAGAGGGAGCUUCGUCAUGCAGUCCAAUCGAAAAGCUUCAGCAAGCCUUGUUAUCAGUGCAUGUUCAUAGCUUCAUGAUUAUCAUCACACUCAAUUUUGUCGUAGGAGUUCCGUCUCAUAAUUCACAGCGGGGCGAUCUCUAUGAAGCAUGGGACAAUUCAGUGUCAAUUCUCUAUCAGUUGCAGGAAGUGUUACAGAGCGGCUCUGAGCUGUCUAGCGUGGCUUACCAUCUACUUUGGACCGACCUUGCCCGCGCAGCAUUGACCGCAUGUUUGGUGGUUGGUCGCCUGCGGAGCAUCAAUCUGGGGACAACCGUCUCCAAUGGCCCCCCGCCCACGCUGGUCGUGUUUCAACAGCUUUUGCUGAAAUCUCUAGAUUCUUUAUCACAGAUUUUAGCGGGAAGAUACCGUCUCGGACCUGUUGCAGCGAAGACCAGACUUGUCCUUGCUGUCGCGACAAAUAUCACAUCAAGCCUGAUCGGCGACUUUGGCGGCUCACAACAGGAUUCCAAGUUCUUCCAGGUCGGCAUCACAGCUGCCGAAGAGGUCGUAACCGAGAUGGAGCGUUCUCUGAAACGGGAAAACCAAGACUCGACACUCGCCUUGCCGGGAUCCAAUACCGCAAGGACGUCUCCACCAAGUGCCCCUGCCCCAACACCUCUUGCGACGAACUGGAUAGACCAUGCACAACUUCCAGAUCCCUUAAUUCAGAUGUUGUUUCCAACCGACUGCGACUUCUACCCCUCAGAAUCUCCGGGGCUGGGGAUGCAGUCCGAUCUAUGUCUGCCAUAUUCCAUGGCGCCAUUCGAAUCUACUUCGACGAUUCAGUCCACGCCUAAUCUCUUGUGGGAAGACGUAUAA